GGGAGUUGGGCGGAGCUUCCGGAGGAACGGAAGCGGCAGACGGUGCGCGGCCAUGGGCACCCGCGGGCUGAGCGCGGCCGUGGUGGAGCUGGAGCCGGGGCAGGCCCACGAUGGCGGUCCAGGGAGGGAGCCUGCCGAGGGCCAGCCUGUGGUGAUCCUCCUAGGCUGGGCCGGCUGCCAGGACAAAUACCUGGCCAAAUACAGCGCAAUCUACCGCCAGAAGGGGUGCACGGUCAUCCGUUACACGGCUCCAUGGAGGAUGGUAUUCUUCUCUGAGACCUUUGGCAUCAGAUCCCUGCAGACCCCAGCCAGACAACUCCUGGAGCUGCUCUUUGACUACCGUGUUGAAAACAGGCCGGUUCUGUUCCAUGUGUUCAGCAAUGGUGGUGCCAUGCUGUACCGUUACAUCGUCGAGGCGCUCCACACCCACAAGUUUAAGAACCUCAGGGUAGCUGGAACCAUUUUCGAUAGCGCCCCUGGCAGAAGAAACUUGCAAGGAGCCCUUCGUGCCCUGGCAACUGUCCUGGCCUCCAUGAACGUGCUGCUCAAGUAUUUGCUGCUGUUCACUUUUGCCAGCACGGCCGUCGUGCUGCGGAUCCUGCUGUACCCGCUGACCCGCUACAUCCACCAGAGCCAUUACGAUGUCCUGCUGAGAGCUCCCUCGCGCUGGCCCGAGCUCUACCUCUAUUCCCAGGCCGAUCUCAUCAUCAAGGCCGGCGAGGUUCAGCUCAUGGCCAACGCCCGGCAGCAGCUCGGCGUUCCUGUCAAAGCUGUGGACUUCUCCGACUCGGCUCACGUCAGCCACAUGCGGGUGUACCCCACCUACUACUGCAGCCUCUGCACAACUUUCCUGUCUGACUGUGUCGAGGGCUCCGCUCCUUAGUGUUGUAACGACCUUCAGUGUUUGCCUCUGCUUGCUCAGCUCCUAUGGGAAAUGUCACCCCUUUGCUUUUGUGUCUUUGAAGUGAGGGAAGUAGAGGUUUCUUGUUUGUUUUGUUUUUUCCCCUACUAUCUACAAGUGUGAAAGCCUCCAGCCUGGCCUUUGGACCAGCCACGUUAGAGCAGAAAGUAGAUAUGGAUUAAUUUAAAGUCCUGAAGGUGAAAUCCUGUCGUGGUUCAUGUUGAUGUGCUUCAACAAGGUGUCACAGACCAGAGUCCCACACUGAGUAUUAUUUGUUUCUUCUGUCUCUUCUUGUUCUCUGCUUUCCGUGUUGUCUCUGUGUCCCCAAUGUCCAGUGUGCAUGUGCUGUUGCUUGUACUAAUUUUACAAUACAACUCUUCCAUGUCUUUGUUGUUUGUUUUUUUUCCUCUCUGCCAUUUCUUUUAUCUUGCAGUGAACAAACAGAGCCAAGUCUGCAGGGCUUUUUGCUUUUCUCAGUGCAUUCCAGCUCUUGUUGUACUCUCCUUGUUGGAGAUCAGGCCCUGAAACCAAGUAUAAGACUGGGAAAAGGUGUGUGUAGGGCCAUAUGCCAGACUGUAUUUGGUUGCAUUAAAUAGCUGAGAUAAAACAGUCAAAGCUCUCUGA